AUGGGUAUGAAUCGUUUUCGGAAAAGACAGCUACACUGCUCUCUGCGGAGGGAAUCCGGGGGCGCCUCUGACUGUGCCUUAAGAUUCAUCGAAGAAGGCGGCCCCCUCCGCAGGAACGCGGGCUGA